GCAGCCCUUCAAUCGACUGCUCCGUGUUCGACUCUGCCGCCUGGACUCGAUCGAUGCUCUCGCUUUCGACGAGUAGGGUCUUCUGAGCAGUGCAUGGCUGAGUUGUGGGGCUUCACAGCGAUUUAAAGGCGAGGAGCGGGAUUUCCAUUUCUAGCUGACUGUCAGCCAGCAUGGGUCGGCGCUCGUCUGACAGCGAGGAUGACAGCCGGAGCAGGAGGAAGAAGAAACAGCGUCGUCGGUCAUCUUCCUCUUCCUCGUCCUCGUCGUCAUCCUCCGGGAGCAGGGUGAACAGCAGCCGGAGUCGGAGGUCCAGCCGCCGGAGCCGUUCUCGCUCCAGAGACAGGGACAGGGACAGAGACAGGAGGAGAAAACGGCGUUCCAGCAGCAGUUCCUCCCACAGUUCACCUCGCCGGAAGAGGAGCCGCAGCGCGGAUAGAGACAAAGGGAGGAGCCACCGCUCACACAGGUCACGCAGCCGGGACAGGAGGUCUCAUUCUCGCCACCGGCGGUCUCGCAGCAGGAGUGACAGCCGCAGCCGGCGAGGAAGCCGUAACCGCAAAAAGAGCCGCAGCCACAGUCGCCGGAGGAGCCGCAGCAGAGACCGGGACCGGAGCCGACGCAAAGGCCGCGACCGUGAGAGGGAGAAAGAGAAGGACAGGGACAGAGGGAGGGACAGAGACAAGGACAGAGAGAAGGAAAAGAAUAAAGACAAGGCAGACAAAAAGGGGGACGCCGGGAACAUCAAAGGCAGAUUAGAACAUCUGACUCCGGCAGAGCAAGCUAAAGUUCGAAUGCAUUUGGUCCUUCAGGCUGCAGCUAAGACGGAUGAGGUGCUGAAGGCUAAAGUAGCCAAGAGAGAAGAGGAGACCCGAAAGAAGCUAGAGGAAGAGGGAACUUCUCUGGAGGAGCAAGUGCGAAGGAUAAAGGACAUCGAGGCCAUCGAGAGUGAUUCCUUUGUUCCUCUUGCUUUCAAAUCAUCCAGGGAUGAUAUAAAGACCGAGCCGGUUCAGGUGAGGCUGGAGUCCAACCAGGCAGAUUCUCACGAUGUCAACCUUCCCAUCUCCAUCGUCUAUAAUGACACCGACACGCUCGCCCAUCCCAGUUUGUUCAUGGACAAGGAGAAGGCCGAGGAGCUGUGGCUCAACAGACUGAUCUCGCUGAGGCAGGAGAGGCUCAUGGGAAGUCCUGUGACCUAAAUGACACCAGAAAUCCAGAGGAUCCUUCUUGUUGCGCGUGUGGUUAAAGUUGACUUCACUGUGUCUCAAUCCCUGCCAUAUUCUGUCUGACUUCAGGAUAUGGGUGAGGGUUGGGGACAAUGUUUCUUACCUUACCCCCACAGACUUUUGUGACCCGUAAAAACUUGUGAGAAAUAAACACUUUUAGGGCCUCAUGUGUUUUUUUUAAUUUUAUCAAUGUUGAUGUAAUUGGAUUAAACAAUCUGCUGUUCUUUGUUUGGCUGCAUUUAAAUUUAUCUAGGGAAUAUCUUGCAUUCACAUGAUCCGCUUUACCAUGUCGAUGAAGCAUUUGAUAUAUUUUGUAAACAACUUGGUAAAUAAAGCUUGCUGUGAAGUUUUUGAGUGAAA